CUAGUGUGGAGAAAGGGCUCCCCAGUGUUGAAGUGGCUAGGGAGGCCAAACAGGCAGUCAUGGAUGCCGAGUCUGUGCCAACUCCUACUUCUUCGGUUGUCCAGAAUCUUGAAGCUACUCAGUCCCCCGUCCCCCAAGAUCCCAAGUCUUCCCCGCACAGCUAAAAUUGCAAUGGCUAAGCAAACUGUUGAACUUGUGGCGGCUAAGGAGUCCUUUGGGGCCACAACCUCAUCUACAAAAACAUGCCAAACCAAUACUCAAAUUGUCCUUGAAGCUAAUCUCACCUCAGAGACAGAGGCCUCUAAAGAGUCCCUUGUGGAGUCAGAAGGGCAGGAGGACGAACCCCCCACGAUGGCCAAGGCAGUAACUCAAAUUCAAGAGAAAGCUUUAUCACGAGAGACUGGCACCAAGGAAUCCAAGCUCGGGACUACUGAGGAAGCCAAAGGACCCUUCCCUACUGUCCAGGCUGUUGAGGCUCAUUCAGUGAUCUCCCAGACCACCCCAAGGCUUGAGGGUCUUUCACUCCCUGAGGAAAAAGAUACAAUGAUGGUGGAGGCCCCAAAGAUGACUAUUUCGAAUCCCAGCUUAGGGCUUCCUGCCUUCUUGACCCGUUUUAAUUCCCUAGAGUUUAAUAGCCUCCCUGCAAGUCACUUUCAUCAUUUUGGGCCACCCUUUGUCAAUUUUUUGCAAUUCUAUGUGCCUGCUGAGGGCUUGCCGCUCUUGGAAGGACUGCUUAGAGUUCACGAGGACUUCACCAACGGGUUUAGGGGAGGUGUGUUCUUAGGGAAUAUCAUAAUGGAGCUCCUCUUUGCUGUGCUAGAUUCCCUGAAGAAUACGUCUCUUGAUUCUUUGUCUGAAGGAAGGCUUCUGGAGUAUGCACACCCUCCUCCCAUCUCUUCUAUAUUUGAAGUUGUGGUUCUGUCCAGAACUGGAAUCAUUUUCUGA